UUUUGAAGACACUCAGGCUACUUCCAAUUCAAGCACGCACAAUGAUUUACUAAGUGAGCCAGUUUUGUUUCUUACUGAUGAUGUAGAUUAUAAUGAAAUAUUACUUAAUGAAAACCAGGAAGAGAGUUUCAUGUCAAUAAGUAGCAGAUUAAGCAGUGCACCAAGCCAUACUCCAAGCAUUAAUAAUACUCUGGCAAAACAUAGAAAGAUAGCUGCUGUACAUAAUUAUAUUAUUGAACAAUCUGAUGGCUCAACAGUUUGUAAAAUAUGUCGUGUUCACUUUGGAAAGAAGACUGCAAUAUCAAUAAUGACUCGACAUUUUGAUGCAAAACAUCAUAGUACUUAUCUUGUAAUGAAUCAGCGCCCUCUAGAUAUCCAACACUUCCACCCAUAUGAACACAAAGAUCAAGCAAAAGUCGAUGAUAUCAACAAGAAGUUUAUACAUUGGAUUGUCACAUAUCAAAUGUCAUUCAUGCUUACAGAUAGCAAGUGGUUUAAAACUUUUGUUAGUGCACUUAAUAAAAGAUAUACACUUUCUUGUCAACAAAUAAUUGCAAAAUGA